GCCUAGCAACCUCUUAAUUCACUGGUUGACGUCAUCUUCCCAUUAAACUACGUAAGGUACCACUUACCAAGUGACGAUACCUCAUAGGUAGACAAGUAAAAACCGGCUCCGCUUUUAAGUUCGAUCUACUCUCGACUAUCUCCAUGCAUUCGGGAACUCUAUUCUUAUCUAAACACGCAUUCGGUUACUUCUAGAAUGGUUCGGUACAUGUGCUUUGUACCUCACAACUUACAAGUCUUCUACUAAAAACAGCUGGCCUCCACUUACAUAAAAAUAAAUUGUUAAAAUGGCAUCAUCAAACGAUAAUGCCUCGGGGGUAGGGGAUGAAGAUGAUGACUACAUGAACAUGACCUUCGGCGAGGAAGAGCCGAAAACCACAGAAACAUCUCUCCAGCGGAGACAACGGCUCAAGCGCGAGGGUGAGAUCAAGGGGCGCGUCAAGUCGAAAGCCGAGCAGGCCGCAGCAGAACGCGAGGAGCGUGAGAAGGCGUUAAACGAGUCAUUACUAGACAACGCCCGAGCUAAGAAGAGCAAGGGCUUUGCCAUGAUGGCGAGAAUGGGAUUCAAGCCUGGCGUCGCACUCGGCAGCGCCGACAGCGCCGAACACGCGCGUCUAGAGCCCAUACGCCCGCAGAUGAAGGAAGACCGGGGCGGUAUCGGCCUCGACUCAGAUCGCAAGCGUGCGCUUAACGAAGCGGCGGCCCAGAGCGAGAAGAGGCAGAAAGUCGACGAGACAGAGUUCCGAGACCGCGUGCGUAGGGAGCGCGAGCAGGCGAGGCUAGAGCGGCAAGUUUAUGCUGCGAUGAAGGUGUGCGAGCGCAUGGACGAGGAAGAGCAAGGAGGCACGAAGGCGGGCGGCGAAGAGGCGGAGGAGGAGACAAGGGGGGCAAAGACGCAAAAGAAGAAGAAGAGGACAAUAUCUACGCGACCCCUAAAGUCUAUCCCGGUAGUAUGGCGCGGUCUAAUCCGGAAUCGGGAGGAAGCAGAGCGGGACCGGCGAAUGCGGCACGACUUGGAGCAGAGCUCAACGCGGCUCCCGACGUUCGUGGAAGAUCUAGAAGAUGACGAUAAGACGGCGUUAGGAAAGACGGCUACGGCGUACGUCCAGGUCGAGGAUCUCGAGGAGGAAGAUCCGGAGCUGGAUGAGUUUAACGCGCUCGAGGUUGAGGAGAGGUUGAAGAGGCUGGUGGUGUACCUCAGGAAGCAGUAUAAUUACUGCUUCUGGUGUAAAUGCGGUUAUCCGGACGAGACGAUGGAGGGGUGUCCUGGGCUGACGGAGGAGGAUCAUGACUGAGGAUGCUGUUUUACCGCCUGGCUUCGGAUUAUUCGAUGCUUGGCCAGAUUGUUGCCUAAGUCGCAGUCGAGCUUACAACGUGGGCCUAUUUAAGGCGUCAGGGGAAAUCAUAUACAGAGUGAGGGCACUGGGAUCUAAGGCUGACGACUCCUUAGGCCGGGACAAUCGAUGUCCGAAAACUCAUAAUAUUGAAUAGGUAGUUAGUACUUCUACAACAACGUGGCUAUAUAUUAGCGCAUGCCAUCGUAAGACCACGACCCAGAAGGCGUGUACUUCUACACGAGGUAUAACGCUACUACUAAGUCAACGGCUACCUACUCCAUACCAAGGCCGGGAGAAUUUAUCAGAUGUGGAUCGUUCGAAAAAAUGG